AUGCCUCAAAUAUUAUAUUCUUAUGAAGAUACUGAAAUUCGUGAAGCUUCGACUUCGUUGAAGACACUUCGUGUUGUCAAUAUAUUAUCUCUCAUAGCGAGCUUCACCAGUAGUGUUUACGCUUAUAUUCUUGACCCAAGAGAAAUUGAUCAUAAAUAUAACAAUAUUUUUUUUCCGUCCAAUGUUGCCAUAGUUCAAGAAGUUGUGAAUGAGAGUGUUGGUUGGUUAUUUACUUUGGCCAAUCUUUUUAUGCUUGGCUGGUUUUGGUUUUGGUUGCAAUUGAACUUUGUAGGAUGUUCAUUUUUUGCAACAUUGACUCUCUUAGUAGUAAGUCUUGCUCACUAUAGGCUUACAGUAGAUUACCCUCCAAAUGAAUUACCUUAUUCACAAGCCAAGAAAAUUUAUAUUUUCGCUCAUGUUCCAUUUGCGAUAUAUGCAGCAUUUUCAUGGCUGGAUUUAUUUCAUAAUAUUUAUAUGGCAAUACUGAAAUCAAAUGAUGAUGAUGAUUAUGCUUUAUUAGGAGUCUUAUUUGUUUGGAUUAUGGGAAUAGUUGGGUUUGCAUGGACUGUCACCGGAUUGUUUAGUAACCGUCAAAGAGAUGGACUCUUUGGUCUUGCCAUGGCCGCAUGUCUAAUCGAUGUCGCUGUUAGAGAAUGGGACAUAUUGUACUUGUCAAUUCAAACAUCAUUAUUAGCUGGUUUAAUUAUUUUAUCCUUUAUAACGAUUUACGUUAAAUCCGGAUAUAAGUUAAAACGAGCUCUUAGUUCCCAAUGGAUAAGUAAUCCAGGUAGUUUUAGGGAGCAAGCACCUUUAUUACGGAAUCAAGUAUGA